AUGCACAACCCUAGGUUGUUUGACAACAUUGUUAAGGGUCAAGCCAUGAGACUUUCACGACUUUGCUGUGAAGACUCAACUUUUAAUAAUGAGUUAGAAGAACUCAAACAAGAAAAGAAGUACAGUACCCUUGAGGAGGAACAGUUUCGAAGACUGAUUUGGGAAGACACAUGGAAAAAAGUAUCGGAACACAACAUGCUGGCUGAGCAAGGGGAAAAAAGUUACUGGAAGGAAACAAACUAUUUUGCUGACAUGACAUCCAAAGAACUGUCAUCAUAUACCUGCACACCCAUGGAGCUGUUUCACAAAAGCUGCAGUGGGGAACCAGUGAUCCAGGUGCUGCCUCAUGCGAAGAACAUAGAUUGGAAAAAGAAAAAGUGUGUUACCCCUGCCAAGAAUCAGACAAGUUCAUGUCACUCCUGCUGGAUUUUCUCUGUGGUUGCAGCCAUUGAGUCUCGGUACUGCAUUAGACACAAGCAGUUGUACAAUCUGAGCGAACAGCAGGUCAUGGACUGUGGAGGUUUUAAAAACCCUUGUAAACCCCACUAUUUAGAAGAAGCCAUAGACUAUAUCAAGAAAGCUAAGGGGCUAAUGAAAAAGGAAGAUUAUCCUUACAUUGGGCACAAAUCUCCAAAUGAAUUAUGUCUUUUCUACAAGCGCAAGAGUGUUCAAAUUAAGAAUCUUCAAUGUAAGAGAAUCACACGUGAAGAAGAUAUGGCUACAGCAGUUGAAAAAAGAGGGCCGAUCACAUUUGCCAUGAAAAUACCACCAGACUUUUAUCAGUUUUCAGGAAAUGGUAUCUUUGAUGACCUCCACUGUUGUAUGUAUAACCAUAGCAUUCACGCUAUGACAAUAGUUGGUUUUGGACAGGAAGAGGGUGUUGACUACUGGCUAAUAAAGAACAGCUGGGGAAGAAAAUGGGGAUCUGCUGGUUUUGCCAAGAUACGAAGAAAUGUCAGACUUUGUGGAAUCGGUGAAUAUGUCCUGGAACUUGACUUUCAGUGAUGCAAAUGAAUUAAGUGCUAUUUUGUUUAAUAAUUUAGGUGAUGCAGACAGCUUAAGCAACACUGUUAUUAAAAUGAUUUUGUUUGCGUAUUAUUGCUGAUAAUGUAGCAUUGUGAUAAUAAAAUGAUUAGCCUGGCUGGUGCACGUUGUUACCAGCAAACACUCUGCUGCUCAGUGCAUUUGCUUAGUUUCCAUACAGCUUUGAGCUCAUGCACUCCUGUUAGCUAGCGUUUCUCCCUCUGUAAAGUUACAUCUGGAAUUUUCUCUCUUACUUAACAAUGGGCACACUUUUUCCUGCUGCUGCUAUCUAGAAGUCUAGACUUAUUAAAUUGAUUGGUGAUUUUAUUGAGUUUUAUGUGAACUACAUUACACCUUUGGGUUAUAUGAAUAAAGAAUCCAACACUUGGACCAGUCUUAAGAAGAAAAAAUAAAAUCAAUGAAUGGCAGCUACAGAUAGUUCAAUUGCAUUUCAUGUGAAAAUGUCAUCAUGGGAUGAUUACUGUAAAAGACUAGACUAUAUAUAUAUUUUUACAGUGAUAUAAUAAAUGAAGA